CGCUCUCUCUCUCUCUCGCUCUCGCUCUCUCGCCCUCCUUCCCUCCCUAGUCUCCAGCUAUGGCGUCCCUGCAGUGGCUUCAUUCCCUACCGAGCUUGGCACUACUAAUGACUGCGAAGAGGUGGUAAACGCCGCACUAUCAAUCUCUUUCUCUAGCCGUUCCCCCUCCUUUUUUGUUCUGUUUUUUUUUUACAAUAAGGACGUUUGCAUGUCGCAGACAUUGACGGACAUUGCGCACUCUUUACUGAACCGAGAGUUGCUGCUGCUGCUGCUGUUGUUGUGGCUGUGGUGAACAAACAAGCCUUAGCUGUCACGCAUCGAGACCACCAUUAGGUAGGAUUGUUAGUUCAUCACAAGGCGAAUGCAAUGGUGGUGAUGUUCACAAGGACCGUGGAUGGGCAUCCGCCCUCCUGAAAUAGACCCUCCACCCCCGUCUCACUCGGCUGGCUGGACGCCCUUUUUGGCUAAAUCCAAUUCAGGAGAUCGUCUUCACCUCUCAUAUCCUCCUCCAACAUCAAGACUGCUUUAUCCCAGACAAGCAGCUCUGUGGCGUUGAAAAUGACCACAGCACGGUACCGUCCCACCUGGGAGCUGGCCGUGGACCCCCUGGUCUCAUGUAAGCUGUGCCUUGGAGAGUUCCCACUGGAGCAGAUGACCACCAUCACGCAGUGCCAAUGUGUCUUCUGUACACUGUGCCUGAAGCAGUAUGUGGAACUCUUGAUCAAAGAAGGCCUUGAAACUGCAAUUAGCUGUCCUGACUCGGCCUGUCCAAAAAGAGGACACUUGCAGGAAAAUGAGAUUGAGUGCAUGGUGGCCACAGAGAUGAUGCAGCGAUACAAGAAGCUCCAGUUUGAACGAGAGGUGCUCUUGGAUCCUUGCCGGACGUGGUGCCCCUCCUCGACCUGCCAGGCUGUGUGCCAACUGAAGGAUGCCGACUCUCCAACGCUUCCCCAGCUGGUCCAAUGUGCCGUUUGCGCUCUGGAGUUCUGCUCGGCCUGCAAGGCCAACUGGCACCCGGGUCAGGCCUGCCCGGAGAAUAGCCUUCCCAUCACCUCCUUCCUACCAGGAGAGAACAGCCCGUUCUACAAGAACGAAGAGGACGACGCGCCCAUCAAACGCUGCCCUAAAUGCAAAGUUUACAUUGAGAGGGACGAAGGCUGUGCACAGAUGAUGUGUAAGAACUGCAAGCACGCCUUCUGCUGGUACUGUCUGGAAUCCCUGGAUGAUGACUUCCUCCUGAUCCACUAUGACAAAGGGCCGUGUCGAAACAAACUGGGCCACUCCAGGGCGUCUGUUAUCUGGCACAGAACCCAGGUUGUGGGGAUCUUUGCAGGGUUCGGCCUGCUCCUGCUGGUCGCCUCCCCCUUCCUCCUCCUGGCUACGCCCAUCGUCCUGUGCUGUAAGUGCAAGUGCAGUAAAGGUGACGAUGACCCCUUGCCCACCUAAAACGCAGCCCCUGAUGACGUGCAAAGCCACUCAAAAAGGAUGGGGUCAUCUUACUGCGGUUCCCCUCCUCUUCUCUUUCCACACUGUUGUUUUGUUUUUCAUUUUCUGGGCUGAGCCUGCACGACAGCUGCUUUGGGAUCCAUCGCUCUGCAUGGUAGAUGCGCAGUUUGGCCCUAAAGAGGGGUGAAAAAAUUGGUGGUGCCGCUUCAAGUGGCUUUACGAGAUAACUUUAUCUCAUGUAUGGACAGAGGACUGCUCUUAUUGUACGUCACCAACCACCACCACCAUGUAGCUCUACAGGAUCAGUCCAGUAGCAUUAGAGGUGCACCAGGCAUGUUUGGUGUUGACUCAGUUUGCACACACGAUAUCUGACUGAGAUAGAGACUACCCUCUCUUGAUGAUGUCACUGUUUUAUAACCUCAUGCUUUUAAAUGGAACUGAGUCUACUGUCUGUCUUUGUCGGAAACCUUUAUUCAUUUAAAGGGGAUGCCCGCUCUAAUGUAUACACUUGUGGAGUGGUGCUCCCCUUUAAAUCAAGCAAAGCCAAUCAGAUAACUUUUUUUUAUGUCCCUCAGGGACGUUUAUCCUUUAAUACGCCACCGACCACUCCAAUGUGGUUGUUUUAGCCAAAAUAGAAACAAGUAGCCUUAAGAAUUGACAAUAGCCACAAGCAGGCAUUCCCCCCCAUGUGUCCAAAUAAUCAUCCCAGGGAAAAUGUGUACAAUAAGCCCCGAUGAUCCUAAGAUGUCAUGCACAUGUCAUGCUGUUAAUAGCCAUACAAAAGUGAUGUUCCGUCCUAUUAUUACCAAGGGUUUGUAUUUCUUAAGUCUUUUAAGAGUCCCGUCAACCUUCACCUCUUGGAGACAUAACAAAUAGCCCCAAAUUGCAAACUUGCAUAUGUUAGUGGUCCAAAGUUGUCAGUGUUUUGUUUUUUCUUGGUCGUUAACAAACUUCCAGCAGCAAGCAGCUGCUCCCUUUUAACACGGGAGCAACAGAAGACCCUGUACAGAUAUUGAUAUUAAUGAAUGUUCACUUUAUGGGGGCACGUUGCUAUUAAGCUGCUCUGAUCUAUAUCACUUUAUCUAUGCAAGUUUGUACAUUCUCCUCAUGUAAAAUGUGUGCCAACAAUUUGGUCUAGAACAACAACAACAACUGAUUUCCUGUUUAAAGAAAGCCGCAGAAUGUCGUUCAUGCAUUUGCAUGUCAUGGGAAUAAAUGUAUUUCCUCAAAUAGUGGCCUCCACUCAGCUGAUGUUUACCCAAAAUGGUCCCUCCCAUAAAAGUGUGUCCCAUGAAACCAUAGCCAUUAUUUGUUUCAUGUUUUUAUUUUUGAUUAGCUAUAUUUUCCAAAAAUUCUAUGUGGUCAAUUAUUGUUUUUUUUGUGUGAUUAUUUUUGGGGCAGGAUAGAAACACGGGGGGGGGGGGGGGGGGGCAGAAAAUUAUGUGUUUGGCGGAAGUCUGAGCUUUUCUUCCUGAUACAAAAUGCAGCCAAAACACACUCAAAAAAGUGUGUCAAAUGUUGUCAAGCAGUUAAGAAAUGUGAUGGCCUCUUUUUUUUUUCCCAGAAAGCGUCAAGGUGACUUUCAUCUAAUAUUAAAAAAAACAAAAAAUGUAAAAUUAUUAUUUAUCAAAAUGUACAAAUAAAGACCUUACUCCUUAUAGAUGCCCCAUAUUUGCAGUUGACUUAAUAAACUCCCUGGCCACUAUAUGAGGAAAUAAUGUAUUUAUAGAGUAUUUUUUCCCUGUUUUCUUUCAGAUUAUCUUUGGUUUCUCAAGAGUUGAGCAGUUUUAGUCCCAGCCAAGUGAACUGAUCCAAACUAUCUGAUGCAAGGACACAGGGCCAUAGGUUCCAUAGGCCAUCUGGAGGCCAUUCAGUUGUGUUGUCGAUGAUCUGAAACUACUUUUGUGUACUACUUGGAAUUGGAAAUUAGAAUAAAAAAUUACUGUAUAUUAUAAAAUAUGACUUGAAAAUUUGCAGGCACAAUUUGAUUUGAAAAUAAUUUGAAAAAUGACUUAGUAAUAUGACUUUAAACUGCACAAAAAAUUAAUUAAUUAAAGUGCAUACAGUUGUUUUGAUGUACACACAAAAAUAUAACAUUAAAAUUACAUACAAAUAAAUUACAAAUAGAAUUUUAAAAGCUAUAUUUUUGAAAUAAAAAAUAUAUAAUCCAUUUAAUUUGAUCUUUAAGUUGAUCCAAUACUUGGCUGGGACUACACACUGUUUAAAAUACAAUACGCGUAUUUGAUCCACACAUAUUUCCAUAUUUCCACUGUUACAUUAUUGUACUAUUUACGUUGUCCAUUACUAUUCUGGUGGAGUUCAUGUAGCACAUGGGUUGAAAGUGUGGCUACGGUUACCAAAAACAGCAUGACAACAGUAGCUAUUUCAGCUUCAAAGUAGCUCCAACAUCUGCAGCUCCCUCUUUGUCCUGACCAAUGGUUCUUUUGUCGUAUUAGUAGCCUUAAGUUUGGAGUAUCUUGUAGCCCUUUUUACUCUCCUAUGUAAAAGCAUGAUGAAACAUCAUUUGGCUAAUUUUUUCAACCCCAAAAUGUUCUUUUUAUUCCCAUAAAGGUGAUUUGAUUUUUCUUUUAAUAUGACAAUCGUGCCAAGCAGAUUUCCUAUAGUGAGAGGGUGGGAGUUGUCUACUGUAUGUGCAUUUUGGCCAUGUAUUUGUAAUGUAAUAGCAGUUUUUACAGGGUGGGAAAAUAUCCUAAUGCUUCUUCAAUGUGAGCGCUGCACUGUAUUUGGGUUUUCAUUGGUUAUGUUGUUUAUAUGGAGCUGUCAUUUGUGUGGUGCCUGGUGUGUUUCAUGGAGAUAGCUUCCUUUGUUUUAACUUUACAUAUCAAGGGUUGGUGAGAAGAAAAACAAGAAUGUCCCAUUUACAGUACAUCUUGAGCAGGCACCAAAUGACGUCAAAUAAAACCCUUUUUCUGUUACUAUAAGUCUUUUAAUGCCAUCCUCAUUUAAUAUAUUCAUAAGUCCAAAGGCCAAACUCUUCAAUCGUAGUGCAGAAUGACUUGCUUUGCUACACAAUAGCAGCUGGAAAUGUUUUCAGCAUAGGUGUUAAUAAGUAAGGGCUUCAAUGCAAAGCAAACAAAGUGUUUCUUGCCCUCACAAUUUAUAUUAUACAACCUGUCAAGAGAUUAAGCUAUUUAUAUCAGAAAUAUCCUCAUAUUUUAGCAUCUUUUUAAGGAACAUUUUCAGCCAUAUGUUGUGCAAAAUUGGUGGGCCGACCUCCACUUACCUGUAUGUUACAUUUGAUUUAUUUUCUACACCUCUGUCACAUAUUUUUAUUUUAUUUUAUUUGACAGUUGGUUGCUAACAAAAGAUGACGUUGUAAAGUGACAUUUGUAUCAGUUCUGUACGACUUGGGUUCCGUAUACAGUAUAUCUACAGUUCCACUAACACUGUGAUUCCAGGUAUUAAAUGUUGUUUUCUUGUGUUA